AUGGAAACGACCUUCGGGCCCGCCUUUUCCGCUGUUACUACCAUCACCAAAGCCGACGGCACCAGCACCUACAAACAACACCGAGGACAGCAUGCCCCCCAUCAGCACGCCACGCCGCUCAGACUCGGCCAUCUCUGUCCGCUCUCUGCACUCCGAAUCUAGCAUGUCCCUGCGCUCCACUUUCUCACUGCCUGAGGAGGAGGAGGAGCCGGAACCCCUCGUAUUUGCUGAGCAGCCUUCGGUGAAACUCAGUUGCCAGUUGUGCUGCUGUGUGUUCAAAGAUCCCGUGAUCACCACGUGCGGGCACACCUUCUGUAGAAGAUGCGCCCUCAAGUCAGAGAAGUGUCCUGUGGACAACGCCAAGCUGACGGUGGUCGUGAGCAACAUUGCUGUGGCCGAGCAGAUUGGGGAGCUCUUCGUCCAUUGUAGACACGGCUGCCGGCCGGUGGGCAGUGGGAAACCCAGCACUUUCGAGGUGGACCCCCGAGGCUGCCCCUUCACCAUCAAGCUCAGUGCCCGAAAGGAGCACGAGAGCACCUGUGAGUACCGGCCUGUACGGUGCCCCAAUAACCCCAACUGCCCGCCCCUCCUCAAGAUGCACCUGGAGGCUCACCUGAAGGCAUGCGAACACAUCAAGUGCCCACACUCCAAGUACGGGUGUACGUUCAUCGGGAACCAGGACACGUAUGAGACUCACCUGGAGACGUGCCGCUUCGAAGGCCUGAAGGAGUUCCUGCAGCAGACAGACGACCGCUUCCAUGAACUGCAGGUGGCCCUGGCCCAGAAGGACCAAGAGAUCGCCUUCCUGCGCUCCAUGUUGGGCAAGCUCUCGGAGAAGAUCGACCAGCUGGAAAAAAGCCUGGAGCUUAAGUUUGACGUCCUGGACGAGAACCAGAGCAAGCUAAGUGAGGAUCUGAUGGAGUUCCGGCGGGAUGCCUCCAUGCUGAACGAUGAAUUGUCACACAUCAAUGCUCGGCUGAACAUGGGCAUUCUGGGAUCCUAUGACCCUCAGCAGAUCUUCAAGUGCAAGGGGACCUUUGUGGGGCACCAGGGUCCUGUGUGGUGUCUCUGCGUCUACUCCAUGGGUGACCUGCUCUUCAGCGGCUCCUCUGACAAGACCAUCAAGGUGUGGGACACGUGCACUACGUACAAAUGCCAGAAAACUCUGGAAGGUCAUGAUGGCAUUGUAUUGGCCCUCUGCAUCCAGGGGUGUAAGCUGUAUAGUGGCUCUGCAGACUGCACCAUCAUUGUGUGGGAUAUCCAGAACCUGCAGAAAGUGAACACCAUCCGGGCCCACGACAACCCAGUGUGCACUCUGGUCUCCUCUCACAACAUGCUUUUCAGUGGCUCCCUGAAGGCCAUCAAGGUCUGGGACAUUGUGGGCACCGAGCUGAAGCUGAAGAAGGAGCUGACAGGCCUGAACCACUGGGUGCGGGCCCUGGUGGCUGCCCAGAGCUACCUGUACAGUGGCUCCUACCAGACAAUCAAGAUCUGGGACAUCCGGACCCUAGACUGCAUUCACGUGCUGCAGACGUCCGGAGGCAGCGUCUACUCGAUUGCUGUGACAAGCCACCACAUUGUCUGCGGCACCUACGAGAACCUCAUCCACGUAUGGGACAUUGAAUCCAAGGAGCAGGUUCGGACCCUGACGGGCCACGUGGGCACCGUGUAUGCCUUGGCGGUCAUCUCAACUCCAGACCAGACCAAAGUCUUCAGCGCCUCCUAUGACCGGUCCCUCAGGGUGUGGAGCAUGGAUAACAUGAUCUGCACACAGACCCUGCUGCGGCAUCAGGGCAGCGUGACAGCGUUGGCCGUGUCCCGGGGCCGCCUUUUCUCUGGCGCUGUGGAUAGUACCGUGAAGGUCAGUGCUGCAGGAAUUGGAGCUGCCCACGGUGUGGACCUGCUAACAGAGAGCGUGGGUCGGGCCUUGGCUCCUCUGGUCCUGUCAGCCAGCUGGCCGAAUAGGUGA